AAUACAAGUACUGAUCAUAAAAUGUAUAUCUUUCAAUUUAUGUUUAUGAUAAAUACUGAUACAGAUCCACCAAAGAAAACAAAAAUUUACUUUAAUUCAAAUAGAAUUGAUUCAGGAAAUUCAUCUACUAUUAAAAAAUUAGAAGAUUAUGGUGAAUAUUAUAGUAAUGGAUAUAUGAUAUUCACUACUAAAGAAUAUGUUAGUACUGUUGGAGUAUAUAUAUUAAAUUAUAUUGAUGGAACACUUACAUAUAAAAAUGCAGUAGAUAUAGUUCAAUCAUCACCAAAUCAAAGUUUUAUUUAUUAUAUUGAUUCGAAAACACCAUUUGAUGUUUGGAAUGAUGAAGAAAUAAAGAGAUGA